GAGCCUCUUCUGGUUGUCAGCUGUCCAUAGUUAAUGUGGUAAACUGAACCUGCAGUUAUGUGCAAUAACAUUAUUAAUGAUUCAGUGUCCAAAACUUUUUGUUCCAACUCGUAUGACUCACGUGAAACCUCAUAUGUGUUUAAUCUUCACAAACCUGUUUUUUACUUAUCAGUUCAUCCUACCAUUUCUAACGUCUGAUGUUGAAAUGCACCAGCAUCCACUGCUGAGACCAGGGUCCCAUUAACCCAAAUUCAUAUCAGCUGCUCAGCACGAGCAAGAAACAUAAAUGUGACACACCCAGAUAUGAAAUUGAAGUUCAGCGUAUAACAGUACAGAUAGACUAAGCUCCACGUUAGACCACAUGCUACUGUGUUAUUGUGCAGUAGAGAGUGCCAUGCAGGAAGGAGAGGAGAGGAAGUGAGGCGAUGGGCUGCACCUCAGCCAAGCAGUUGUCAUCUGUACCCAGUGAUGAAGAGGGCCGGGGUAAGGCCUACAGCAACGGAGAUGCCUUCUCCGAUGAGUACAAACUGAAAGGAGUUGAGAAGGUGAAGUAUAUGCAUGGAGAAGAGGAGCGCACGAACACACGAAACCAAGAGAACUUGGAAAAGAGCACAUUUUUGCACAAGGGCAGGCAUAAAGAUGCCACCGGGAAUAGUAAUAAGAUAAGUAUCCACUCUUCAGAGAGCCAGCAGGAGUUCUUCAGGAUGCUGGAUGAGAAGAUUGAAAAGGGACGGGACUACUGCUCGGAGGACGAGGAUAUGACAUAGCAUGCUGAGACAUUGAGUCAAUCUUGUCCCAAGGCUCCUUAUGAUUGCUUUCCAUGCCUCCUUACCCAAUAAGUAUUAAUCUUCAAGAGCAUGGGGUCAAGUGACACUCAGCCCAGUUAUCCACUCCGUUUACAAUCUACACACUCUCCCAAAUGUCUUAAAGGUCAGUAUUUAAGACUCUUGAGGACUACUAUUCAAACGGUAGGGGGGCAUGGAAAGCCCGUGAUUACUGGGAUUUGGCCCAAGAUUUGAAUGGGAAAGCCAUUUUCAGACUGUUCCUCAAUCCCUUGCCUUACACUACCCAUAAGCCUUCUCCUACUCAUAGACUACAUACAGUGGAGAGAGCCAUGCAGAGAAUCCUGGACUUCGCCCUUCCUUCGUCAUGGACACUACACAUGGUGGACCAGCGGUGAAGAUGAUAUUUCCUAAAGAGGAUUUACUUAUUGAGAGACUUAUGUGAUUCUGUCCAGCUCAUGCUGUUGAAACACAGGAAGUGAAAGCGUAUGAACAGAAACACAAGGCCAUUUCUAGCAUUCCAGUUGUUUUUUUAAUGACGUGAGCAAGUAUUUUUCACCCACAGUGUAUAAUGUAUGUGUCUUUUUGACCUUUUUCUUCGAGUUAUGUUACAACGCUCAGGACAGCAGUGCUGUAUGUAUCAUCACUAGAUUUGUUUGUUAGAUGAGGGCAGUGCAGUUUCUUCAGGGCCGGUCUUGAGGACGUGUUGGGCGGUGGAGAUAGAUCACAGCAUCUAGCCGUGUGUAGAAACACCAGUUACAGUAUCUUAAGGUCAUGUAGUUUUCAGAUACUCAUUUUAUCCUAUAUAACAGGUGGAUAUCAUACGUUCGCUUGACAUUUAUAGUCACUACUCUUGAGUUGAAAACCAGUACAAGUUUCAAAACCAGCCUUCAGAAAGUUUUACAUAGAUGCGUUUUUAUUACCAGGAAGUGCUUCUUCCUUUUACAGUAUGACAGUAAUUUGCCAUAGCCUUAAGCACACAGUGUUUUCUUUUCUGAAUUGAGAGACAACAGUAAGCCAUUAAUUUCUGUAUUUUCACACUAAAGUAAA